GGGAGGCUUUUCAUUUUUACUGGCAGGAAGCGGGAAGAAACGGAUGGGAUUUUUUGUUUUGUUCUAAGCGGACGCCAAAUCAAAAUGCAAUCACCUUAAAUAUUGACUUUUAUUUUCCCUUUUGGUUCUCGGAGUUCGACGCCAAUGGCGAGGAUUAAGCACACUGCCCACAAGAAAUCCGUCGCCAGAAAAUCGUCAACUCCCAAAGAAGCUGCUGCUGGUACUGGCGGAACCUCGGCGGCGUCGACUGCAAAACAAACGGAUCCAUCUGCACCACGGAGGAGAUCUGAGAGGAGUUCUCAGAGAACUUCUGAAUCGCAAGAGCAGCAGGAACCUGAGACGAAUUCUCAAGCAACGCCGCAAUCAAAGAAGCAGAAGGGAUCUGAGAGGAAUCCUCAAACACCUCAAUCAAAGAAGCAGAAGCAAUCUGAGAGGAAUCCUCCACCAACACAGAAGAAGAAAUGGCGUUACAGGCCAGGAACCGUGGCUUUUCGGGAGAUCAGAUACUACCAGAAGACGUGGAAUCUGAUUAUCCCCGCUGCUCCAUUUAUCAGAACCGUGAGAGAGAUCAGCAUCAAUAUGUCUAAAGAUCCCGUGCGUUGGACACCUGAGGCUUUACAAGCAAUUCAAGAGGCAGCCGAGGAUUUUUUAGUCCACCUGUUUGAGGACUCGAUGCUUUGUGCAAUCCAUGCGAGGCGUGUCACUCUUAUGAAGAAGGAUUUAGAGCUAGCUCGACGGAUUCGAGGGGAAGGGAGGUUCUGCUGAGAGCAUGACAGUAGUAACUGGCUCCAUACUCUGAUCUAACCAUUUUAAUAAAGGACACCAUUCUUUUUUUUUUUUUUUGGCCUGACAGUUGCCAUCUUGUGCUGUACAUUUACAAGUACGUAGAUUUCAAGUUUCAAUGAUGCCACUUAGCAUUGAUUUUUUUUGUUGA